UGUGAAGUAUUUGAUAACUCUAUUCACUCAGUCUGGAGACUGGAAUACUGUUUGAGAGUGGCAGGCCACCUCCCCUUUCGCUGAUUGGCAGAGGGAGACCUGGCUGGACAGGAGGAGACUAACUCAGCGGUGGGGGAAAGCGGUGGGGUAACCUGGCUGAACACUCUCAAGGGGAAAGGCAGGAGUUUAUCACGAUGGCUGGAACAAAGACACUUCUGAUGCUGGAAAACUUCAUCGGUGGAAAAUUUUUACCUUGUAACUCCUAUAUAGAUUCUUACGAUCCAUCUACAGGCGAGGUGUACUGCAGAGUACCAGACAGUGGAAAAGAAGAGGUAGAGGCUGCGGUGGCGGCCGCCAGGGCUGCCUUCCCCGGCUGGUCGUCCAGGAGCCCGCAGGAGCGCUCGCAGGUGCUGCACCGCCUGGCGGACCUGCUGGAACAGGCCCUGGAGGAGCUGGCUCAGGCCGAAUCCAAGGACCAAGGGAAAACCAUAACCCUGGCAAGAACCAUGGACAUUCCCAGGUCUGUACAGAACUUCCGGUUCUUUGCCUCCUCCAUCCUGCACCACACGUCAGAGUGCACCCAGAUGGACCACAUGGGCUGUCUGCACUACACCGUGCGGGCCCCUGUGGGGAUCGCUGGUCUGAUCAGUCCCUGGAAUUUGCCACUCUACUUGCUGACCUGGAAGAUCGCUCCGGCAAUUGCUGCGGGCAACACCGUGAUCGCCAAGCCCAGUGAGCUGACUUCAGUGACUGCGUGGAUGAUGUGCAAACUCCUGGAGAAAGCAGGUGUCCCACCAGGUGUGGUAAAUAUUGUGUUUGGCACAGGGCCCAGGGUAGGCGAGGCCCUGGUGUCCCAUCCAGAGGUGCCCCUCAUCUCCUUCACUGGGAGCCAGCCCACAGCCGAGCGGAUCACACUGCUGAGUGCUCCCCACUGCAAGAGGCUCUCCUUGGAGCUGGGAGGCAAGAACCCUGCCAUCAUCUUUGAGGAUGCCAACCUGGAGGAGUGUAUUCCAACCACUGUCAGGUCCAGCUUUGCCAACCAGGGUGAAAUCUGCCUCUGUACCAGCAGGAUCUUUGUCCAAAAGAGCAUCUAUAGUGAAUUUUUAAAGAGGUUUCUAGAAGCUACCAAACUGUGGAAAGUAGGCAUUCCCUCCGACCCAUCGGCCAGCAUGGGAGCUCUGAUAAGUAAAGCUCAUUUGGAGAAAGUCAGAAGUUACAUCAAGAAAGCUCGUGCUGAAGGGGCCCAGAUUCUGUGCGGUGAGGGAGUGGACAAGUUGAGUCUUCCUCUCAGGAAUCAGGGAGGCUAUUUUAUGCUUCCCACCGUGAUAACAGACAUUAAGGACGAGUCCAGCUGCAUGAGGGAAGAGAUAUUUGGUCCUGUGACGUGUGUUGUCCCCUUUGAUAGCGAAGAGGAAGUGAUUAAAAGAGCCAAUAGUGUCAAAUAUGGGCUGGCAGCGACCGUGUGGUCUAGCAACGUGGGGCGUGUCCAUCGGGUGGCUAAGAAGUUGCAAUCAGGCUUGGUCUGGACCAAUUGCUGGCUCAUCAGGGAGCUGAACCUUCCUUUUGGGGGGAUGAAGAGUUCUGGAGUAGGUAGAGAAGGAGCCAAGGACUCUUAUGAAUUCUUCACUGAAGUCAAAACCAUCACCAUUAAACACUGACCUUGGCCAGUGGAGAAAUUGUUACGGUCAAUGCCUGGCUACAGACAAUCAGUGGUAUAGUGUGGUGAAUGGAAAUAGUGACAGAAAUUCCAGCCAGGGCUUGACUCAGCUGAAGGUUAUCUAGGUGAAGAAAAACAAUGUAAUACUUCUGCUUGGGAAGACACAAAAAGGAAGCCAAACAAUUGUUCUCCUAUGUUGUGUGUUCAUAGGAUUUAAAAAAGUCAUUUUGAUUGGUUUCUUGGAAAUUCACAGAUAAUCAAAUUUUUUUCCCCAUUUGCAAGUGAGUAGUUAAAAGAAACCUACAAAGCCAAAGAAAUACAAAUCACCAUAAUUUCCUACCUUUAAGGAGAUUGUCAAGAUGGUCUCCUAUCCAUCAGUUAGUAGCAUGGCUAAUUAUUAAUUGACUGUACUUCAUUAUUCAAGAGGACCGUGAAUGUCAACGAUAAACACAGCAUGGGAUUUGUCAGAGAAGGAACAUAUGGAAUCUCCCAAUUUAUGUAUCUGCAUAUGCACAAAGAAAAAUAACAUAACUAUUACUUUUGGAGGAAACUUAGGACAAGAAGAAAUUGAUCAAUUUCUACUAUGUUGUCUAAUCAAUUCCAAUUCUUAGUGUGUGUACCUAAUGAGAUGUAACAAUUUAUUAAUCCUAAAGGAAGCAAUAAAUGUUAAGCAAUUUUAGUAA